CGAGGAACGCACUUACGGGAGUGUUGCAAAGCGAAUCCCUUUUCUCAUCCACAGACCCGGUUUGCCAAAUUCCCACGGUAGCGCGGACGAACGCGGGGGCGGAGCGGGGGAUUUGAGCUUUGCUCUGGCUUCUAAGCUCCGCCCUCCGCUGCGUCUUCUAAAUACGUCCUUCCGGCCGUUUCUUCCUUUCUCUUUUUCGUCGCCAUCCUGCUGUGUGCUGCGCGCUGUUAAUUGACCAUGUCUUCUCACAAGACUUUCAGGAUCAAGCGAUUCCUGGCCAAGAAACAAAAGCAGAAUCGUCCCAUUCCCCAGUGGAUUCGGAUGAAAACUGGUAAUAAAAUCAGGUACAACUCCAAGAGGAGGCACUGGAGGAGAACCAAGCUGGGUCUCUAAGGCGUCCCACAUCACGCGAUGACACACCUAAUUGGCACCACGUAUUUAAUUAAGCUACUUGAGGAUCAUGUGUUCUAUUCCAUCACCCUGUAAACACCUUUCUGCCUGGCCAAUAGAUACCAUUUAUCAGCGAAAGAUUUUUCUGUUACUAUAGCUCUGCACCAGUGGGUUGGUUUGGUAAUAAACGUGAGGCCUUUGAGCUGUA